GUUUAUAUAUUUUUUUAAAAUUAUGUUGCCAUAUUAAGAGUUUGUGCGGUUUCAUAAUGGAACCCGCCAUGUCCCACGGCCUAGCUGAUGGCUCGGAAACUGAGUCACUGCCAACAAGCAGCGAGAGCAAGUGGCGUCGUCGCCAAGAGAAGCGCCAGAAACGUUUAGCGGACACAAGGCAUAUGCUGUUCACCAAGAAUUUCUCAAACUAUCGCUUGCCGGUACCGGUGACCACAACAGAUUCCAAUAUUGUGCAUCUAAGCCGAUAUGAAUCCAUUGAUGAGCGACACCGGCACCCGCCUGUUGUUGUGGUACCCGACCAGAAGUCGAAAUGGGCGCAAUUAAGACUGGCUGCAUGUCCAUGUCACGGCUGCACCUCUCCUUUAGAUCCAAAUGCGUGGCUGGCGCACUAUCUGAAUGUGCAUAUGCCCAUUUUGGGGGUGCCAUUUGUGGAGGUAUCGUUUCCCAUCGAAAAGAAGACGUUGCACGCCACCUGCAAUGUGGGUAGUCUCGAGCUGGAUGUUAACACUUUAUUGGGCGUAUUUGGCUAUCAGCGAUUUGGGCUCAAUCCGCUCAACUGCCAACGCAAUACGUUGCUGCCACAAGAAUACCGAAAGUUUUCGAAGCAUGGCGUCCUUUUGCUCUUUGCUUGCCAUACGCGUCAUUCGCUACUUUGGCAACGCAAGCGAACUGAUGAUGUGGUUGUCAUCUGGGUGUCGACGUCGCUGAAGAACGUAUCCGUAUCAGUGCGCUGUGUCGUGCAGAUCUCGCAAUCGACCCGAUACUAUGCCAAGACCUUGAGCGCGCGUCCGUUGCCGGCAUCAGCGGUGCAAGCGUUGCCACAAUGCCGCGAGUUAAUCAAGACGGACUGCAACGUGAUCAUAAUCAGCUAUCAAGAUUUGAGCCAGCUUAUGUUGCUGAAUCAUGGACAGCAGCUGCUCAAUGUGGAGCUGCACAUAAGGGGCGAGCAAAAGAUUUAAUAUACAGCACAUUUGGCAUUAAGUCUAUAAAUAAUUUUUAUUGUUUUUGGCAAUAGUAUAUUACGCUUAAUUGUGUAAAACUAAACAUGGAGACAUAAUUAUGAUACGCAGACAUAAAUUUGAACUAAGGAAAUUAUAAAUUUAA